AUGACACCCACAGAAUUCCUGGACCUUGUCCCUAAUAUGCCUGAUGAUUACAUCUAUGACUCCACAGAUGACUAUAUGGCCUUAAACUUCACAAACUUCUUCUGUAAGAAAAACAAUGUCAGGCAGUUUGCGAGCCACUUCCUCCCACCCUUGUACUGGCUCGUAUUCCUCGUGGGUACCGUGGGCAACAGCCUGGUCAUCCUUGUCUACUGGUACUGCACACGAGUGAAGACCAUGACUGACAUGUUCCUGUUGAACCUGGCCAUCGCCGACCUUCUCUUCCUGGUCACUCUUCCCUUCUGGGCCGUCGCCGCUGCUGACCAGUGGAAAUUCCAGACCUUCAUGUGCAAAGUGGUCAACAGCACGUACAAGAUGAACUUCUACAGCUGCGUGCUGCUCAUCAUGUGCAUCAGCGUGGACAGGUACAUCGCCAUCGCUCAGGCGACAAGAGCACAGAUGUGGCGGCAGAAGAGGCUUCUGUACAGCAAGGCGGUUUGCAUUACCGUCUGGGUGACGGCGGCCGCGCUCUGCACCCCGGAAAUCCUGUACAGCCAAACCAGGGAGGAAGGCGACAUGACAUACUGCACCAUGAUUUACCCCCACAACAACAGUGCCAAAGUGAAGUCGGUGGUCUUGAUCCUGAAGGUGAUCCUGGGGUUCUUCCUUCCCUUUGUGGUCAUGGCUUCCUGCUACACCCUCAUCAUCCACACUCUGAUCCAAGCCAAGAAGUCGUCCAAGCACAAGGCCCUAAAGGUGACCAUCACUGUCCUUACUGUCUUCUUCAUAUCCCAGCUCCCCUACAACAGUGUCCUGCUGGUGCAGACCAUCAACAUCCACACCAAGUUCAUCUGGGACUGCGCCAUCUCCAACAACAUUGACGUCUGCCUCCAGGUCACUCAGACCAUUGCCUUUUUCCACAGUUGCCUGAAUCCUGUUCUCUAUGUUUUUGUGGGUGAGAGAUUCCGCCACGAUCUCCUGAAAACCCUGAAGAACCUGGGCUGCAGCAUCCAGGCCCAGGGGAUCUCCUGUAAGAGAAGAGAGGGUAGCGUGAAGCUGUCCUCGGUGUUGCUGGAGACCACCUCGGGGGCUCUCUCCCUCUGA